AUGGCCACUCCUUCCGAUAUCACGUUCGCCAACUACAAUGGCAGCUGGACUAUGGAGCGAACCAUCUCCGACCCAACGGAUCCCGUUCUCGCCAUGCAAGGUCUGAGCUGGUUCAUGCGCACAACCCUCGCUUGGGUUUCCGUAACCCUCAACACAAAGCAAUACCAGGAGCCCGGCACGACGGACAAAACCGUACAGCACAUCGACGUAGACAACAUCGUGACUGGCGGCGUCCAAGGCUCCUCCGAGCAGCGCAUAACAGACUGGAAGAAGCGCGAACACAGCGACAACAUCUUUGGCAAAGUCGAGGGCCAGUCGCGAUUCCUGCGCGGCUCUGUCAAGGACGGUAAAGUCCGGCCGGACUUGCAGGUCCUUACGAAUAUCGACGAUGACAAGAUUGAGAAGUUCCUGAGGGGAGAGAUUUUGGCGGAUGGGAGUGAGUGUGAGGGGUUCCUUGUUGAUAAGCUUGAGGAGGAGGAUGGGUGGGGUGCGGGGGAAGGCCUAUGGCUGCAGAGUUGGGUGGAGAGCCUGGAUUCUAGUUGGACUGCUGAGCAGGUCUGGGGCUUCGAGACUGUUAAUGGUGAACGCUACCAUACUCGUCGCAUUGCUGUUGCCAACAAUGGCGAUUAUGUUCUUGCGAGACUUGUGUACACCUUCGUUCCUCCUCAGCCUGAGCAGGAUGACGCAGACAUUGCCUACUAG